AUGCAACAUAACUUUGGCGAUCUUGAAGUAGUUAUCUCCGGCGGCUUCACUGAGGAAGAACAUGCUCAGUCCACGAAUUUGCGUCGAAAUGUUGAUUGCCUGAAAUCAUCACACGAGGAAGCUGACACGCGCAUGGUUCUUCAUGCCGUUCACACCACAGCUCAUAACGUUGUUGUGAUGACGAGGGACAACGACGUUGUUCUUCUUCUUAUCUACCACUUCGCUAAAAUGAAAUGCUCCUAUUUGUGGGUAAUGAGUGGCACUGCACGUGACACCAAGUACAUUCCUGUACAUGAUAUAUGCAGAAAGCUUAUGCCGGACCAAGUCUCCCAUCUUCUUGCUUUCCAUGCAAUAACCGGCUGCGAUUCGACGUCUGAGUUGGCGUCUAUCACGAAAGUUGAAGCGUGGAAGGCUUUUUCUGGGACAAACUGCGAUCUUCUGGGACGCCUCGGACAGUCGCCACUUGAGGAGGACGUCCUUAGCAAUGUCGAGAAAUUUGUCGUCAAACUGUAUAAGGUUGAUUCCAGCAUCACAUGCUCAAACAAUGCCCGAAGUUAUUUAUUUGGAGCUGUAAGAAAGCCAGAAUUUCUCCCACCGACAACUGAUGCACUUCGUCUCCAUAUUAAGAGAUGCAACUACCAGGUGUGUGUUUGGGAGAUUGCGCAUAUCCCCAAACCGUCACUACCUAGGCUGCAGGACUGUGGCUGGAUUGUGCAGAGAGAACAAGUUGUUCCUCGUUCAAUAACACUGGAUCCCAUUCCUAAGACGUGCCCAGAAAUAGUUGUCUGCUCGGUUGUCUGUCAUUGCAAAGGACAUUGUAAUACAAAAAAUUGCAGUUGUAGAAAAGCCAAUGUCUCUUGCAUCAAACUGUGCACUCCCUGUAAACGUUCUUGCCUGAACUCUGGAGACACACAAUAA